AAUCAUGAUACUGAAUUCGCCAAUGCCAUCGAAUGCAUGGUGUCGUAUUUCUACAAUGCCAACUACAACGCCUCUCAAUACGACAUGUCUGAAUCUCUCCUUCAUGCACAAGUCGCUACCAUUGCUGAUAAGUACGACUGCGCAUCGCUCUGCAAGCUUGCAAGAACUUCAUUCGCAAAUGCGGUGAACGCGAUCGAGAAGGAUGACUGGAUUACCGUUGCUGCCUUUGUCUACCAUCAUACAAUAAUAGAAUGGCUACCUCAUCAGAAUUUGCGAGAUUUGGUCAUCGCUACCGUUGCAGAUCGUCCCAGUGUGUUAAAGUCGAUUCUUCUACUCAAUGGACCGUAUGCUUCUAAGACAGAAGGCGCUGGUGGCGUCUCGAAACAGGUUCGCUGAUGGAAGGGCUU